CGUUACAUUUUCUUGUUGGUGUUUUUUUCUUCUAGCUGAACUAGCUAUGUCUGGUCGCGGCAAACAAGGCGGCAAAGCCCGCGCCAAGGCUAAGACUCGUUCUUCUCGUGCAGGUCUGCAGUUCCCCGUGGGCCGGGUGCACCGCUUGCUCCGCAAAGGCAACUACUCGGAGCGCGUCGGAGCUGGCGCGCCAGUGUAUCUGGCGGCGGUGCUUGAGUACCUGACCGCCGAGAUCCUGGAGCUGGCGGGCAAUGCGGCCCGCGACAACAAGAAGACCCGCAUCAUCCCGCGCCACCUGCAGUUAGCCAUCCGCAACGACGAGGAGCUUAAUAAGCUCUUGGGGCGUGUGACCAUCGCUCAGGGCGGCGUUCUGCCUAAUAUUCAGGCGGUACUGCUGCCUAAGAAGACUGAGAGUCAUCAUAAGGCCAAGGGAAAGUGAAGUGUUAACGCUUCAUACGCUGCUGUUUUUCUGUCAACAGACAAAAUCAGCCUAACAACAAAGGCUCUUUUCAGAGCC